AUGGCCGAGACUCAGGUUCAAAGGCAGCAACCCGCAGCCGCAAAAGCCAAGUCCAAGAAACGCACUCGCAACGACGAGCCUGCUUCGCGCAAACGAAGAAAGCAAGCAUAUGAGGAAGAUGAAGAGUAUCUCGACUUAGAAACCGGGGUAAACAAGAAGAUAUCCAUGGUAGACAACCUACUUCUCGCAGACCAUAUAUCUAAGAAAAUCAGGAGAUUCGGAACAGAUUUAAAACCCGUCGAGCUCAGUCAGCUGGACAUAUCACCAAACUACAUCACAGACACAACGUCCUUCCAGGAGACGAGAAAUCUAGAUAAUCUGCCAAAGUUUCUAGAGCAAUUUGCGGAUCCAAAGACCCUAGGAGAAGCACCCAAGGAGAAUGGUGCACCACAUACCAUCAUCGUCACCGGUGCCGGUCUCAGAGCCGCAGAUCUCGUCAGAGCUGUCCGGAAAUAUCAGUCCAAAAACAACACAGUCGCGAAAUUGUUCGCCAAGCACAUCAAGCUUGAAGAAAGCGUGCAAUUCCUCCAGAAACACCGCACGGGCGUCGCGGUGGGCACUCCCGUUCGAUUAUCAGAUCUAGUCGAUAACUCCGCCUUAAACCUAAGCAAGCUCGAGCGUCUGGUCGUAGACGCUUCGCAUAUCGACCAGAAGAAGCGCGGCAUCAUGGAUAUGAAAGAGACCAUGUUGCCCCUAGCCCGCUGGCUGGCCCGUCAUGAAUUCAAGGAGCGAUAUGCUGAUCCUGAGAAGCCCUUGCAGUUAUUGUUCUACUGAGUACCUAUGGGCAGUCUGGAAAUGAAUAUAGGUGCCAAAGAUAUUCAGACGUAUUACCUGUAACCUCGUGAGAGUGGAAGCAGGAAGGUCAAAAUAUGAUACCCCGCAAAUCAAUGAGUAUUUUUCAUUAUUUAGUAAUUGCAUAUAGACGAACCCCCUACACAGCGGGCUCCCAUUGUGAGGUUCUGUAUUAAAAGUUCAUUCUAUUCUAUGCCCUACGGAUUUACUAAGUACAAAUCGAGAUUGGCAGCCAGAUGGAUGGGACCGUGAUAUUUAAUUUUAAAG